GUUUCCUCCCCGGCCAUGACAGAACGACGCGACCAAACUAUGGACCCCGCAGAUAUAAGGACCCUCUCUGAGCAAGAAGAGAAGAUCCAGGAGCUCAAGGAUUUCUCCGAGAGAAUUGUUCAGGCCCCCACCAGUCACCACCGGUUAAUACAAUUAGCUUUCUGUUGUGGACUUAUUUCGUCCUCCACCUGGCUCCUCACCCAUCCUGACACCGCUUCACUUGCCCAUUCAAUAAUCAUGCUCCGAAAGAACCUACAAUAUGAACUGCACAAUAUUGGCCGCCCAGUCCAGGGCAGGGACUCAAAUUUUUUUCUUCAAGCCAUCACUAAUGCACCUCUCCUGCAGCCAGACGGCUUAUCCUCGUCUCCUCCUCUCCAUGGCCCCUCAUCGCCACCGGCACUGCCUUGCUCUCCGGCCCUGCCAUCUUCCAUUCCACUCACCUCUCCCCAAGACCCGAGCGGUAUAACGCCGCGGACAUUGUCACCGCUUCACGCACCGGCCACCACCUCCGUGAGUACCACCGGGCUCGAUAUUAUUGCGGCAAGUGAUGAGACUUUUUCCCACUCCACCGUCGCGCAGCCCGACCUCUGUUGGCUGCCGCAAGAUGUAGAAAUCAUUGAUUCUCCUCUGCUAGUGGACAUUCUGGAUGCAGAGAAUCGUGCCUCCCACUCCAACAGAAAGCGGAGGAAGCAGCGCACCCGGCAUCGUCACGCUCCCCCCCGGUCGCGCUCGCCCCUGUCUGCUGUGAUGCCAGCUCGUCUCCAGGAGCCCCAGGUUCCGCCAGCCUCUGUGAAGGGAUCAAAGAAAGUGAAACCACUGGAGGGAGCAAAGCUGAGGCGCUGGCUGUGGGGACCGGGCGAGCCGGCACUGGGAGAGCUGAGACAGGGGGAGCUACAGGGGCUGGAGCUACUGCUGACUGAGGAAGAAAUACGGGGGCUGGAGCUACUGCUGACUGAGGGAGAAAUAUGGGGGCUGGAGCUACUGCUGACUGAGGGAGAAAUACAGGGGCUGGAGCUACUGCUGACUGAGGGAGAGCUGAAACAGCGGGCAGAGGGAGAGCUGACACUGGGGACUGAGAGGAAGCUGACACUGGGGACUGAGGCUGAGGGGAAGCAGAUAUGGCUGACUGAAGUUGCAGGGAAAUUGGUGGUGCUGACACAGUGGGCUGAGGGAGAGCAGCAGGGAGAGCCAGCACUGGGGAGGCUGAGACAGGGAGAGCCAGCACUGGGGAGGCUGAGACAGGGAGAGCUGGCUGAGAAACGGGUGCCAGAGCAGGCUCAUCUGUGGCUGCCCCCACCCGCGGAACAGGAGCGGGUGACGAGGCAUGAGGCACAGUGGAUGGAGCAGCAGACCCACUGGGGUUACCCCCAGCUCCGCCUCCGCAACCCCGCUGUAGGUAGUGAAAGGGGAACGGAGCCGGCAAAUGACGAGACAGGAAGUGGAGAGUCUGAAGAUAGCGUGAAGCCGCCGAGCUUAAUCCCCGGAGGCUCAGGCGGCGGGUGCACCGCGUGGCACGGCCGGUGA